GCUAAAGGGUAUGGGAAUAAAGACAAAGACAAAUUGGAAUGCUGCAUACUUGAAAAUUUACUGACAAUGUCUUUAAGAAAUGUAAUCCGUAUUGUAUUGUAGUUUUGUUGGAAAGUUUGGAAAACUCGCUUACGUGUCUUCUUAUCUCUAUAAUUAUAAUAAGCAACCACCUACAUUUUUUCGAUUUAGCCAAAGUCACAGAAACGGAAAUGAAAUUUGUGGAGGUGGAAAAACGGAACAAGAAGACCGAGCUACGAGUAGCCGAAUUGGAACAGAUGUGUGUUUCAUCUGGGCAACCCAACUUUGCCGGGGCUCCUGAAGAGAAGAGGACCAUUGGUCCAGUUGGCCCUGUGUCUGCAGGGCCUACUUGGCUUCUUGGGCCACCGGGAGAGAAUGGGACCAUGGGGCCAAUUGGCCCUCGGUCUGCCGGGCCUGCCAGGCCAACUGGCCCGCCAGGAGAGAAGCAGGCCAUGGGCUCAGUUGGUCCUGCGUCUGCCGGGCCUCCUGGGCCACCUGGCCCUCCCGGAACGCAAGGGGCCGUGGGGCCAGUUGGCCCUAGGUGUACCGGACCUCCUGGGCCACCUGGCCCUCCAGGAACGCAAGGGGCCAUGGGGCCAGUUGGCCCUGGGUCUGUCGGGCGCCCUGGGCCACCUGGCUCACCAGGACAGAAGGGGGCCAUGGGGCCAGUUGGCCCUGCGACUGCCGGGCCUCCUGGGCCACCUGGCUCACUAGGACCGCAAGGGGCCGUGGGGCCAGUUGGCCCUAGGUGUGCCGGGCCUAUUGGGCCACCUGGCCCGCCAGGGCAGAAGGGGGCCAUGGGGCACAGCUGGGGCCCAACUGGCCCUGAGCACCCCGGGCUUCGGAGGAAACCCGGACGCCCGGAUCCUCGGAGCUGGUGCGAGUAUGGAGGUUGCCCCAAAGAUUAUGAGAAUCAGCGUGGAAACUGCUACAAGGUAUUCAACACUCAGAGGAGCUUCGACGAAGCUACCAAGACCUGUGGCCAAGACGGCGGCUUCCUAGCUAUGCCCAGAGAUGCUGAGACCAACGCUUACCUAAUUUCCUUCACCAGGCGCUCUGUAAGCGAUAAUGAAGCCUUAAUUUGGCUCGACCUCUCCGAUAAGAGCAGGGAAGGAAUGUUUGAGUGGGCGAACGGCGUUAGCCUUGGAGCGUACAAACCAUGGGGUCGGGGAGAGCCUCAUCAGGGCAACUAUGCCGCCUUUGAAGACUGCGUAUUCUUGUCGAUUAAACAUGGCACGUGGGCCGACACGUUGUGCUCCAACCGGGCACCUCGAUUCAUUUGCCAAGUCAAGCCAGAGUACUUGUGUGCCUAGGAGAUAUGGCGGAGCGCUCACUGACACUGUGGAUCAAAAUGUACACCGAUGAUCCUGUGGACAUGCUGCUAGAAGCAGUGAGUACACACUAGUCCUACAUGUACAACGUAGCAGAGGAAAGCAGAGACACGGAUAUCGUCACCAUAACCGGCAUGAGAGAAGACCUUCCUGAAGCAGGAAACAAGCAGAUGUACAUUGCCCUCUCCCGGUACAUCGAGAGUAUGCACGCGCACCGAUUCGAUGUGCUCUCCUAGAGACACUUUCAGCAUCAGACAAGCACAAGGCACCAAGAGUUAAAUACCUAGAGAUACAAUUUGACUCUGGACUGAACCAUGAGCAAUCCAGCACCAGGAGAUCACGUCUAGCGAGAUAUUAGACUUUAAACAAAGACAACAACAACAUGGUCCGCUUUAAAACUCAACAACUUGGAAGUACGUACCAAGCCUGGAGAAACGUAAUUUGACCAGCAACCUAUCAAUACUUGUACUAGUAAUAUUUAACCUGACUAGACUGCUUUCCAACAGAACACUUUGUGAUCAUGGGCGAUAGGCCAACGAGCUUUUGUUGAAAUUGCUGUUGCUUUGUCUGUACACUUAAGAAACUGUGUGUAAACUCGAUCGGCUACUAGAGGCCACUUUUUAGCGCUAAAAUAAUUGUCUGAACGUAAUGAAUGUCUACUUUAGAGAAUUUUCUUUGACAAUUAUAUAGUGUCUACCAGAGAAAUGUUAUUAGCAUGACAUGAACCUAUAUAUCAUAUUGAUGAACACAAAUGAAAGAUUAGAAUAUCAUUAACAUUGAGUACUGCCGCCUCAGCAGUAGCUGAUAUGCGGUGGAGUAGAUGGGAUGGAACAUUGAGAACCCAUAGGGUGAAAAUUUUCUAGCUUUGUAUGACCUUCAUCCUAUCUAAAAGUGAAUUGAUUGUCUAAACAUAUAAGGGAGAUAUGCUGCCCUAUUAGUUGCAGUUAUGGGCAAAUGAUCCAGGGCACCUAAUGUUACAUAUGUUUCAUUCAAUAAUUCAUUACAAUUUAUGUAAAUAUUCAAGAAAAUUUACGUGCUGUAUUUGAGUCAUGCAAAAUUUGAGAAAUACAAAAUGUGUAUAUUAAUAACAGACAGCAAUAUAUGAAUAUUCUUAGAAUUGUAAUGAAGGAAAGAAUUGUAAUAUAGAAUUCAGUGCUAUACUUCGCUAAGCUAAUAAAUAUUAAUAAACUAGAGUUCGGCGAUCUCAUGCCUCCAUGAAAUGUUUAGUGCUUUUGUAAAUUUUAUGCAUGGUGAUGGCCACCUGUAAAUGGCUUACAUUUACAAUCCUGCUCAUUAGCAAAAUUUUUAUGCAAAGUGUUCACAUGGCCCCUACAUGGUAACAUACAUUACACUGGUGAAAUCCUUAUCAUUUGGCAUGGACAAUGUAUGAUAUUGUUGGUUGUAUGCAAGCUGAAGACAAAUUUUCAGGUUUGAUUGACAACAAGAGUUAAACGACAUUAUACCUUCGCGAAAUCAUGUUAACCCUUCAAACUAAUCAUACAUUUUUCACGGUGAUUGUGCUCAGUUGCAUGAAUUAUAUCAGUUGACCCUAUUCUCCAUCCAAUGACAGAAUUAUCUUAAGAAAUAAUACUAUUCUAGCGUUUCCUCAUAAAUCAUGCACAUGAGGUCCUGAUUUGAAUGAAUUAUGUUUAGUGACAUGGGAACAAUAGAACAGCGGCAAAACACAAUUACAUCGAUAACAGAUAGAAGAUGGUCAGAAAAAUUAUAUGUCAUCAAAAAUUUGUUAUUUCUUGUCAGUCCCUGGUCAUAGGUUCCUUUUGGUACUAAAUAGCGCAAUAGGGUAUAGUGACAAAUAAAUCGUGUAAUGCUAUGUGUUUUGUGAUAUUUUUUUUCAAAUUGUGGGUCACUGCUCUUCUGAAUUAUAAUAAUCAUCAAACCUCCGAAAGAAAAAAAAAAGAAGAUUACACAGCGGUUUCACGUUCUGGUACCAAUAAAGUCUCAUUCUCCCCCUUCACUGUUUGUGGCGAGUCCGCCGGCUCCUCCGUCGUGUCCGCCGGCCGUUUCUUCCUGAGCCGCAGGAGGAACGGCAAGAGCCCGG